GCACAAUUGCUAGUCGUGCUUUCACGCCCCAUCUUCAAAUCUGGUAAGCAACCUUCACGAUAUUUCCUGUACCCCUCCUUGCCCACCCACACUCCACUCCACAAUACCGCUACACUACUACACCACACCAUCACUCACCCCUGCACAACCCUUUUAUGGUCAGCAAUACUCGGGAUUUAAAUUGCACGCGCGUUGCCUUGCAUAGAGCACUGCCUGUAAUAGCCGUUAUGCCUGUUACUGUGAGGCUACUGCUACGCUGUCGGGCACGGAUAAUUAGAUCAGUCUGCCCAAAGCAUAAGGCUGUUGCUAAAGGGGGGCACACCUUCAGCGGUCCCAGAUUACUCCUCUCCGCAGUCGAACAAACCUAUAUAGCAGGUAGUAGUCUCUGGUUUUCGGUCCUUUUAUGAAAUUUCCCUCUUUCCAGCCUUGUUGGCGUCAAGUUGAAUUUUGCCAUAUAAUGUCGUUGAUAGCGAGUGUUUCAACCAUCAUGGAGAAGGUCGCCAACAUAUUUGCUCCCAUGAAGUUUGAAAUGGCCCCAAGCCUCGUGCCUUUCUCUUCCAACGUACAAUGUUGUCGAUCCUGCAGCUAACCCAGAGUUCGCGGAGAAGGGAAAAUCCGUUGUCAAGACAGAUAUCAACAUGAAAAGACUUUCAACACCAAAGAGUGGACCAUCAUCGAAGGUGGCAUCUGCACCAGAAGAUACUGUAGCAUAUGGAAGAACGAGUGGAGCGAUGAUAACAGAAGAAAUUGACAUUGCAAUUGAAUCAAUUAGUCAACUAGACGAAACAGGUCCUUACCCCUCCCCUUUUGUAUCGCUUAAAAAGAAUCCGCAAUAUUCUGAAUUGAUUUGCAGACUCAUCGGCACCUGUGUCACCAAAAGACACUCCCAUCGGAAGCUCCGAUGAUGGCGGCUCAUCGGCCGAAAAGAAAAAAAGCGAGGUAGUCACCCAAAGGCAAACGUAUGAUGAGAAAUACGGCUACAAUAAGUUGAUUAAGAGGAAUGGUCAUUACAUUAUUCAUCCAGCGCAAUGGCUUUAGCUAAUUAUCUGGACUGUAGUUGAAAGUCAUCCUUUGGGUUUUCCUAUGCUUUCGGCCUUUCAGAAUAGCGGCGAUAGUGUUGCGAUUUUCCGUCGAUUCGGCGAUACACAUGCUCGUCUCUUACUACGUCUUGAGGUUGAGAUAACCAGUUUAGAGGAGCAGCUUGCCUCGUCUGACAGAGCAGAUUCAGAAAAUACGAGUAUGCGUUAUCGAAUAAGGAACGAGUGGAAGGAAGGUUGGGAUCGGUCUAAGAAAGACCUAAUUGACAAACUGACAACUACAAUCCUGCAAUAUGGUAACCAAUCCGCAAGAUAUACAACGUCGAAUCCUCAGAUACCUACAUGCGUUCGAGCAGAAGCUUACAAGGCAGUGCAGAUGAGAUACUGCUCAAAGACAGCCAACUGCGAGCCUUGCCUACCCCACAGUCUCGGGAUUUCAAAAGCUUUUUCAACUGGAUUCGGACAAGGAGACCUCUUAAUCCGGGGCAAGACAACUUUGCAUUUCAUCAAGAAGACUUUGUAUGUUCUGUGAGCACUCCUCGCACAGGGUUUGAUCUUGUGAUCACAUCUUGUUUGAGUCGGUGGCCUGAGUGGUCACCCUUGAAGGUAAGAUAAUGGUGUCUACAUAUCAUUGUUAUGCCAUGCGGAGAGAUGACAAAUUCUGUAGCGAUUAUUCAAGAGAAAGAGUAAACAAGAACAAGGAGGCAAAGAGAAAGAUGUUCACGUAUUCUCCUCACAGAAGAUCGAAUUCUGGGCAAGGAUCGUGCUUGUUUGUGUUGCUUCGACCAUAUUACUCAUUCCGAUCUUUCUUCUAUACUUGCUCGAGCUAAGCGAUACGCUCGCAGCCGCCACGGCAUUGAUUUUUGUUCUAGCUUUUGCGACAAUGAUAUCGAUUCUUACUGAGGGAAAAGUGGACACUGUUUUCGUCGGAACUUCAACGUGAGUAGCAUCAAGUAAACUCCUUCAAGCGAAUCAUAGAAAAGUGUAGCUAAUUGAUUGUGUUUGUCUAGCUAUGCGGCGGUGCUCGUCACUUUCUUGGGCAACAUUCGUGGAAGAGCUUGACUGCGAAACCUAUCCAAAGCGACCGUAUUCUUUCUUGCUUCUCUCCUUGGGUUCUGAUUUAGUGUGCAGGAAGCAACUUUAUGAUAACGAUUUAUGAUGAACUUCAGUGCUGAGGGCAUAUGAAACACUUAACGAUAACGAAAUAUUUCUCUAUUUUUUAUAGUUAGUUAGUUGCUUUGGAAAUCUUUGGAAAUUUCUACGAUGGAGCGGAAGUAACCUCCAACAUUGUUGACGCCGAUUUCGAUGGGUAUUGGCAUAUUUCAGUAUCUUGAGUCAGUAUGGUUACUACCAAGAAAUUCACUAGUUUAUUGAUCAAACCGGC